AUGCAAGAUGCAAUGAAACACUGGAAUAGUGGCAAUCGCCUUACUCCUGAGCCAGGAGUAAUGUCUAUGAGCUGCCCAUCGCCCUUUGAGACUGUUGGCGAAGUUUGGUUUGAUUCUUCGCACCUGCCCAAAACUUUGCAUUACCCGCCAACACAGAUGACAGGUUCCUCUCCCAAGAAUGUCGCCUCAUCUCCUUUUCCCUUUUCUCCCCACUUCUUCCCACUUCACGUCACGUCAUCACCUUCUCUUCUCAUUUUUCUGCUGCCACCCAGUAAUGUUUUUUCCCUUUUUCCUGAGAUGCUGGUGUGUGUUCGACUGCAGGUUAGAUUGACGCCUCGCAUUCUCUCACCCCCAAUCUCUACUGAUCUCCCUGAGGCGAUUAACACCAGCAGUGGCAUCAGUGGACAGUCAGGCUACCACACACGCAUCACACUCACACUAUUCCACCUGACACCUGUCUAUCCAACCACAUUCAUCUUUGCAGCCUGUCACCUUCGAACUGGGUGGGAAAGUGACAUUGCGGGGCUAAACGUGAUGCCUUCUCCAGCCUACCUUCUUUUCCUUCCUCCCCCUCUUACACUUCUCCCCUUCCCCCUUUUCCUAAUUCACUACUUCCCCAGGGCAGGAAUCCAAGACCAUGGAUAA